AUGGCACCUCUCGUUUGGCUCGUGACUGGAUGCUCUUCCGGCUUUGGACUAGACUUUGUCAAUGAGAUUCUCAGUCGUGGCGACAAAGUAAUUGCAACCGCUCGCCGGCCGGAAAGUCUCGAGGAUCUGAAGAAGACGGGCGCUGCGGUGCUUCAACUGGACGUUACCUGGGACCAGCAGCGUAUCAACGAGACCUUCAAAAGCGCCAUCCAGAUCUAUGGCCAGCUAGACGUCCUCAUAAACAAUGCAGCCUAUGUCUUGGGUGGUGCAUGGGAAGACCUUUCCUACGAACAGUUUCACGAUGCAUUCGAGACAAACGUCUUUGGACCCCUGAAAACCACUAAAGCCGUGCUGCCCCAUUUCAGAGAAAGAAAGACUGGUAUGAAUGUCUUUAUCAGCUCGAUUUCGGGGUGGAGCGGGAUGCAGUUCAACGGAGGAUACUCUGGAACCAAGUUUGCACUUGAAGGAAUGGUCGAAAGUUUGAACAAAGAAGUGAGGGAUCUCGGAAUCCGAACGCUGCUGAUAGAACCCGGCUUCUUCAGGACCGACCUCCUCUCACAAGCCAAUCUCAAGACUGUGGAAUCAAGCAUCCCGGAUUACAAGGAAGCGUCCAAGGGUUUCAACAAGCUACUCCAGGAGAAGAACCACGCACAGAGUGGUGACCCAAAGAAAGGAGUGGCCAUUGUCGUGGACCUCGUUCGACAAGAAGGGACUGCCAAGGGCAAGACGAUUCCUGUGCGCAUGCCGCUUGGACCUGAUGGUUACGAGGUCAUCAAGAAGAAGUGCGACAAGACGAUUCGGCUUUUGGAAGAGUGGAAGGAUGUCAUCUCCAGCACUGAUUUGGUAGAGUGA